GUAUAAAAAGAAAGGUUUUAAACCAGUAGGAUAACAGUUCCACAGCAAGAGCAGCAGCAGAAGCACAGAGAGACGAAAUGACCUCCACCGGCAUGAACAUGAACGGCAGAAUCACCUUCUACGAGGACAGGAACUUCCAGGGUCGUUCCUAUGAGUGCAGCAGCGACUGCGCUGACAUGUCCUCCUACCUGAGCCGCUGCCAAUCCUGCAGGGUUGAGAGCGGCUGCUUCAUGGUGUACGACCGCCCCAACUACAUGGGAAACCAGUGGUUCAUGAAGAGGGGAGAGUAUUCUGACUACCAGCGCAUGAUGGGAAUGACCGACAUCAGGUCCUGCCGCAUGAUCCCCAUGCACAGAGGAUCUUUCAGGAUGAGGAUCUACGAGAGGGAGAACUUCGGAGGUCAGAUGCACGAGAUGAUGGACGACUGUGACAGCAUCAUGGAUCGUUACCGCAUGAACAACUGCAUGUCCUGCAACGUUAUGGACGGCCACUGGCUCAUGUAUGAGCAGCCCCAGUACAGAGGCAGGAUGAUGUACAUGAGGCCUGGAGAGUACAGAAACUUCAGUCAGAUGGGCUCUAUGGGCAGGCUCAUGAGCAUGAGGCGUAUCAACGAGUCCUGUUACUAGAUAUAGCUUUUACUGAUGCAAAUACAAGAAGCCAUUGAAUAAAACGUCUGUCUGAAAAACCCCAAA